AUGACAGCCGGAUUGGCCGGCGGCUUCUGGGAUGACAGGCAGUGCUCCGAGAAGUUCGCCUUCAUCUGCGAGAAGCCGCGACCGGACAUCGGCCCGCCCACCGCCGGCCCGACUCCGCCUCCAGCGCAGGGCUGCGCAGCCGGUUGGACGGCGCUGCCGCACUUCAGGAACUGCUACAAGCUCUUCCACAACGUGGACUGGUCCCAGAAGAAGAGCUGGGGCGCCGCACGCGACGACUGCUUCUACAGGGGGGGGGAUCUGGUCAGCAUCCACAGCCAGGAGGAGGAGGAGUUCCUCUCUACCUAUAGCAAAGGCACCAGCAAGUGGAUCGGCCUCAAACACAACCCUACAGAAGGAGGGUACUCCUGGAGCGAUGGGACCCCGCUGUCCCACACCAACUGGGCUGACGGGGAGCCCAACAACCACGAGGGCCGCGAGGAGUGUGUGGAGAUGGUGAGCAGCACCAAUGGGACGUACUCCUGGUGGAACGACCUGAACUGUGACGCCCAUCAGGACUGGAUCUGCAAGAUCGUGAAGGGGAAGGAGCCCGUCGAGCCCCCGGUGGCCCCCUCCCCUCUCCCAGCGCCGGAGUGCGGUUCGAACCCCGGCUGGAGGAAGUACAACGGCAUCUGCUACUACUACAACGACACGGACAUGGUGGACUUCCACACGGCGCUGCUGCGCUGCUAUGCCGAGAAGGCUCUGCUGGUGUCCAUCCUUAACCAGCACGAACAGGCCUACGUCAACAGCAUGGUCGGCACCGGGGAAGUCUCCGCAGCCUGGAUCGGACUGAGGAAGUUUGGCGUGGCCAGCGGACAGUACCUCUGGGUGGACAACUCGCCGGUCUCCUACACUCACUGGAGUCCCGGUGAGCCCAACAACGCCAACGGGGAGGAGCAGUGUGUCCAGAUGAACAGACAUCAAGGUGGAUGGAACGACGCCAACUGUGGGCGGGCCGGGGCGGGCUACGUCUGUAAGAAAUACCACGGAGACGACCACACUGCGGCCCCGCCCACCCAGCCCUGGGAGGGAAACUGUCCAGAAGGCUGGAUGCGGUUUAAGGACAAGUGCUUCCUGUUCAAAGGGAAAGCCAACGACAUCCACGGCACCUGGUUCUUCGCUCGGGACUGGUGCAAAGAUCAGGGAGCCAAUCUGGCCAUCAUCGACAGCCAGGAUGAGAACAACUUUGUGACCAGCUACCUGAAGGACCUGCAGCACCAGACGUGGAUCGGCCUGUCGGACCUUCUGGUGGAGAACCAGUACGCCUGGAGCGACGGGGUCAGCCCGGUUCUCUACACCAACUGGAACGACAACGAGCCCAACAACGUGGGCGGAGCGGAACACUGCGUGGCCAUCACUCACAACAUGGUGGCGAGCGGCAGGUGGAAUGACGUCGCCUGCAGCAAGAACCACAGCUUCGUCUGCUCCAUGAAGAAAUCGAGCAGCAUCGAUCCCCCCCCGGCGACCAAGAGCCCCUGCCCGUCCGACUACAUCUCCUGGUACCAGAACUGCUACAAGCUGGUGGAGGAGGCGGCGAGCUGGGAGGCGGCGCAGGCCGCCUGCCGGCAGCAGGACCGGGGGGACCUGGUCAGCGUGGACUCCAGCUAUGAGCAGGCCUUCCUGUCCGGGGUGGUCCUGAAGGGCAAACACGAGGCCUGGAUGGGACUCCGGCGCCAGGGCGACGGCUCCUACAAGUGGUCGGACGGCUGGCCGGUGUUCUUCACCCAGUGGGGCCCCGGAGAGCCCAGCAACCUGCAGGAUGAGGGCUGCGUCAGCAUGCACGCCGCCUUCCCCUUCCACGGCACCUGGAACGACACCGACUGCGCCGUGGCCAAGUCCUACAUCUGCAAGAUCUCCUACGACUCUCCGCCGCCGACCCCCGCCCCCGGCGACGGGCAGUGUGUGUUCGGCUUCGUGCCGUACGGCCGCCACUGUUACUACACGUACGACGGGGAGAAGGGCUUCUCCUGGCCCGAGGCGCAGCACAGCUGCCAGCAGGCCCACGCCGAGCUGGCGUCCUUCCACAGCCGGGCAGAGGUGGAGUUCAUCGUCAGCCUCAACCGCACCAAGUACCACCACCUGUGGAUCGGCCUGACCCGGGACAGGAACUGUGAGUCCGGACCCCCGUAG